UGCAGCUCCCAUACACACAAGGGCGGCAGCAGCAGCAGCAGCCGGGCCCCCCUCUUUGUGUGACCCGGUUAGCAGAGGGAUGAUGGGGGCGCUGCAGCAGCAGCAUCUCACACAGCAGCAGCGGAGGUAGGCAGGAGAGCAGAGGCUGGAGGAAGAUAGGAGGGGCCCGGGCACUGACUGGAAGAGGUGGGGAGAGACUGGGGGAUAUUAUUGGUACCUUCCAUCUAACGUCAGCCAGGUUAACCCUUCCACACGAGGAGGGGGCGCUGUGCAUCCGCUGAGUGCUGUGCAGACCCCUGGGGCUGAGCUGGUUACAUGAGGAGAAGGUUCUGCAAUGCAUAGGAGAGGCUGCAGCGGCUAGCAGCAGAGCCCGGCCAGCAGCCUCCAUCCCAGGGACCAUACACCCCCAAUAACUCCCUAUUUACUGCCUGCCCACACACUGCACCUGAGGGCUGACUGCUCCCCCCACACCCUGCACCUGAGGGCUGACUGCUCCCCUCACUGCCUGCCCACACCCUGCACCUGAGGGCUGACUGCUCCCCCACACCCUGCACCUGAGGGCUGACUGGUCCCCCCACUACCUGCCCACACCCUGCACCUGAGGGCUGACUGCUCCCCCCACUGCCUGCCCACACCCUGCACCUGAGGAGAGAGCGCUGUCAGGGCCACCAGGGAGGAUGGACUGAGGGCUGGGGACACUGGAGGGACAAGCCCAUGGCACUGAGGAAGACAAACUGGAUUAACUAGACACUGCUGGGUCCUUCUGUCAAGUCAACUCAAGAGGAGUGGGAGAUUGUGGAUUGCAUUUGGAAACCUCCCUCUAGAAAUCCUACGUUUGCCGCUGGGCCUGUGUUACACUCUGCAUGCACAAUAGGAGAAUGGGUGUCCUGAUGUCCAAGAGACAGACCAUGGAGCAGGUGCAGAAGGUCAGCAUCGCCGUUUCCGCAUUUAAGGACGGGGUGAAGGACAAGGCGCCCGCCAAGAGAAAAUCCGAGGGCUGCAUCAGAAAGGGCAGCAAGGCGGACAUUCUGGACCAGGUGCUGGAGGAGGAGAAAGAUGAGAGUGGUUCCCCUUGUCAGACUCAGCCUCGGCAGGACAAUCCCAUAAACAGGGCAGCCUGGGAAAGGCUACGUGAUGGGAGAGGGGUAGAACCUGAUGAAUUUUAUAAAACUAAACGUUUCACACCACCGGCUUUCAUCAGACCGACCCGGGCGCUGAACGAUGAUGACCCUCCUGAGAUCAGCCUGGACCAGCGAGAAGAGAUCACCGAUGAUGAGAUGUGUGAGAUCUGCGAGGUGUGGACAGCCGAGAGUCUCUACCCGUGUCGGAUCUGCUCCCGCGUCUUCCACGAUGGCUGCCUGCACCGUAUGGGCUACCUGCGCAAUGACAAUGCCCUGGAGGUGACAGAAAUGGCGCACACAGAGACAGGGUGGAGCUGCUAUUACUGUGUACGUGAACCAUGA